AUGUCCCAGGAACUUAACCUCAACUUCCUGAAGGGACUGGAGCAAGAGGUUAUUUUGGAUGUCUUGUAUCGUGACCAAAUAUUGAGAAAGAUGGAUGACGAAAGAAUAAGGAAACUAAAAACGCAGCUGCAGCAACUUCGGUGGGAAGGGUCAAAAAGCACAAGCCACGAACACCCGGAGAAGUCAUGCGCCCGCUGUCAGAAAGCUCUUGGAGUGCUGAUAAAUAGAGGGGCUGUAUGCAAUGGGUGCAGCCAUCGAGUAUGUCCUGGAUGUCGCAUCUUUCUGAAUCCCUACAUGUGGAAAUGCACUGUCUGCUACGCGCAUGAGGAUAUUAAAGCAAAAGCAGGUGAAUGGUUCUUUGAGGAGCGAGCAAAGAAAUUUCCAGCUGAAGAUAGGCACGAAACUGCUGGCAUAAAGCUCCUGAAAUCUUAUCAAAAACUAAGUAACAUUUCUGUGGUUCCUCCAACCCCACCUCCAUUUUCUGAGUCGACAAGUGGAGUUAAUACAGUGGAACAUGACCAGAAGAAAGGUUUCCAUAGGUCUGUGGAAAACCUGUUUCUGUCUUUUACCACUCAUAUAAGAAGUAUCUCAAAGUCCCAGAAUGACAUGGUAGUUGACAAAUGUCUUCUAACGGCUGAUUAUGGGCAGGAGAUGGAACUAAAGAAAGAGAAGAGGAGCCAGUCUGAUACUGCCAUUGAUAUUGCAAACAGGGUAAAACAGGCCCCGAGUCUUCAGCGACUUAUAAGUGGAGCACAAGAAGACAGUGUAAUUACUUCUGAACGGGAUUCCAUCCAAACGGUUGUGCCAUCUAGUCCCCAGAGUGGCAUAUUUUCUGCAGGCAUAAAACGAGGUAGUUUGUAUAGCAUAAACAGUACUUGCAGUGAGGCUGGCAACUUUGAGAAAGCUGAUGUCAGUGGUGAAAUAGAAUUUGCCAUCAGAUAUAUUUUCAAAUCAAGCAUUUUAGAAAUAUGCAUAAAGGCCUGCAAGAAUUUGGCUUAUGGAGAGGAAAGAAAGAAAAAAUGCAACCCGUAUGUCAAGACUUAUUUGUUACCAGAUAAAUCUCCUCAGAGUAAACGGAAGACAUCUGUCAAAAAGAACACAGUGGAUCCUGCUUUCCAUGAAACGUUAAAGUACAAGACUGAAUACUCCCAGCUGGAAACGCGACAACUUCAGGUGUCCGUCUGGCACUCUGGAACUUUCAGACGCCGAGUAUUCCUUGGGGAAGUGGUCGUAUCAUUUGAAUCAUGGAAUUUUGAAGACAAGUCAGCUCAGUUGUUUAGUUGGUAUCAACUGAAAACAAAGGCUGAAAAGUCAGAAGAUAAUAUGAUUCACUACAGUGGAGAACUUCUGGUGCGUGCAAAGCUGGUUUCACCUUCCCUCUGUAAUAACUCUGAAUCUGAAGACCAAAUGAAAAAGAAUGCAAAGCACUUGAGGGAAGACAAAACAUAUCCUGAUUACCAGCUCCAUAUUAUAGUACUUGAAGCUAAGAAUUUGCCAAUUACAAGACCUGAUGGCAUACUGAACUCAUUUGUUAAAAGCUGCCUGUGCAUCCUGGGACAACGUGACAUGAAACAAAGGACUCCUGUGCUGAAGAAACAAGCCCAUCCACAAUGGAAACACUUGUUUGUCUUUAAUGGUGUUACCCCAUCUCAGCUGCAGCAGUCUUGUCUGGACUUAACCGUCUGGGAUCAAGCACCUUUCGGCUUACGUGAACAAUUUCUGGGUGGCACAAGGCUCGGAACAACAUUCCAAUCCAGAACCUCAGAUGCAACCUCUCAAGCAUGUCUUCAGUGGCAAAAAGUGCUCAGCAGCCCAUAUGAAUGGACAGACAUAACACUUACCUUGCAUUCCAAUGCUCAUGAGUUUGACUACUGAACCAUUUUCAGAC